AUGGAAAAAGUAACUAAUGCAAGGGCAAGAGAAAAAGCUAUUCUUGAAGACAAUGGUCCAGAGUAUGAAUUCUCAGGGGAAGCAGACUUGAACUUCCAAUUUUGUUGGCACCAAACACAUCUAGGCGCAGCAAUCCGAGUGCAGGAGGCUGUGGAUGCCAUGGUGAAAAAUGUAGAGAGAGAAAAUAUCAGGAAGAUGCAGUGCCUCGUGUUCUGGUGCAGUGCCAACUGCUGUGAGGUCAGCCAAGCGUCUAUGCAGCAGGUGCACCAAUGCAUCGAGCGCUGCCAUGCACCUCUAGCUCAAGGCCAGGCCUUGGUCACCAGUGAGCUGGAAAGGUUCCAGGACCACCUGGCUCGGUGCACCAUGCAUUGUAAUGACAAAGCCAAAGGCUCAAUAGAUGCAGGAAAUGAGGAGCUGCAAGUGAAACGAGAGCUGGACAGCUGUGUGGCCAAGCGUGUGGAUGACCACUUGCACCUCAUCCCAACAAUGACCAAGAAGAUGAAGGAGUCUCUGUCAUCCAUCAGGAAAUAAAAUUGUUUGCCAGGGACCACUGGGGCUGAGGGAAGGCUAUUUAAAAGGAAGAAUGGCACUUUAGUAUGAUAAGUAAUGUUUAUGAAUUAGGAAAACUCAGGACACAGCAAGUUCCAGGCAUAUGCUGCUCACCCCUGGAUACCAAUUCCUUUACAUCUGGAUCUUAGGAGG